AAGUAGCAAGUUGUCAGGUGAAAGGGGUCUGGAUUUAUUCGUUCCUCUGUGUUCACGUAUUUAGUAUUUUAGUUACUUCCAAGUUCCAACGGCGAGUAGCAGCAAGUUUGUUUUCCCUCCUUAUGUUUUUUGUCCCUCCAAGAUCCAAAGUCCCAACCAUCGAAGGCUUCCUCCUGAUCUUAUUUGUUUCCAUGGACCCAGCAGUUCCGAAGGAUGGAAAUACGAAGCAGAAGAGCAGAAGAAGAAAACGUUGUAUUUGUCUGGGUUGGAUAUUAGGAUUGCUUCUUUUGGUGGUUGUUGUUGCUGUGAUUCUAGGGUCCACAGUGUUCAAACCCAAACACACAGUGACUGCGAUCAAGUCUAUCAACGUCGAGGGUCUCAAAGUUUCACUAGACCCUGCAAUAAGAGUAGAUUUGAAUCUGAGCCUUAACAUGGAUAUUUCAGUUAAGAACCCCAACAAGGCCGGUUUCAAGUACGGCAACAGUUCUGCUCUCCUGUAUUACAGAGGUGAAGUCGUAGGGGAAGCGGCGAUACCCCCAGGUAACAUAUCACCCGAGGGAACAGCUGAGAUGAACACAACCGUUACCAUAUUGGCCGAUCGGCUGCUGUUCGAUUCCAAAUUCUACUCCGAUGUCUUAUCCGAUACAGGACUCAGUUCUGACUUAUGGAUACGCACACGGUCAUACAAAUUGGAUUGGGCCCAUUCGGAUCGGAUGUUCAUCUACUCCCUUGGCGUUUAAUUCAAGAUGUGUAUGCAUUCUUUCUGCUUUACACUCCAUUUUUUUUUUUGAAUAUAUUUUUAACAUAAUAUUAAAUAGUUAAUUUCUCGUCGCCACUCACCUGCUGGUGAUUCUGUGAGAUUAAUUAGGUAUUGUACAUGAGAGGUCAAGCUAUGGUCUUCUGUUGUCCACACUGAUUAGUUAUCAGAAUUCUGGCUUGUUUUGUAUUUGUAUAUGCAAUAGAAAUUUCUUAUUACUGUUGUCA